AUGGAAACAAACAAUAAGACUUAUGAUUUUGUUUUGGUCGGAGGGGGCAUAUACAGUUGUUGUAUGUAUUAUUAUUUAAAGAAAAACAAUCCAGAAAUAAAAAUUUUAAUCAUUGAAAAAGAAAAUAAAUUAGGAGGUUGUAUAAAAACAGAGACACAUAAUAAUAAUGUGAUAUAUGAAUUAGGGGCAAAUGUAUUUAAACUAUGUAAUAAUAGUUAUAAAUUAAUUAAAGAACUAAACUUAUGUGAUCAAAUUGCAAUCGUAAAUAAAGGAUUAGUACGAUAUAUAUCUUAUAAAAAUAAAUUAUAUCCAUUAUAUUUAAGUUUUUUAGGAUAUAUAUGUUUUCCUUUAAUUUCAUUUAAAAAUAAAAUUAAAUUAAUAUAUAAAAUAUUAUUUAAAAAAUACAACCAUGUUAAUUCAUAUCACUAUGAUAUAUCUGUAAAAAAUUACAUGAAAGAAAAUUUUGACUCCCAACAUUAUCAAUACUUACUGUUGCCGUUAAUAUAUGGAUCUAGUGGGGGAUAUGGAAAUAUUUCUGCACUCUCUUUUUUUUCUAGAAAUUUGAAACUUGUUUAUAAUAAUAAAAAUUCAUUAAGAAUAUGGAAUGAAAAAAUAAACACCAUUGAUAAUAACAUUAUUUCCAAGUCUAGUCUUACAAAUUUAUAUAAAAAUAAUUCAACAAAUGUAAAAAUAUAUUCUCAAUCAAGCUCUGCAUCAACCGAAUAUGAUGAUAGUGUCAUACUAAAUCAACCAGACACAAAUGAUAAUGAACAUUUUUAUAAUCGAAAAAAUACAUAUAUUCCCGAAAAUAGUGAUAUAAAUGCUAAUACAAUUGAAUCAGGACAUGCUUUAAAAUCGGUUUCCAUACCAACUUCAGCACACAACCAGACUGCCUACAAACGCCAUAAUAAAUAUAUCACUGAACAAAAUAAACAACAAUCCUUUGAAAAUGGAAAGCAGUGUCAAUAUAAACAAAACUUCAUAUCCUCCAUCAUUGAUUAUUUAUUAAAAAUUAUUAAAAAUGUUUUGUUUUCUAUAAAUUAUACAAUAUAUAAACAUUUCCCUAUGUUAUAUAUUAAUAUAGAUAAUGAUUUUUUACAACGCAUUGAAGAAGAAGAGAAAAAAAAAUAUAUUGGAAAAACUGUAUCAUUGAAUUAUGGAUUAUAUGAAUUUAUUCAUCAACUAAAAAAGCAUAUUCAUGAAAAAGAUAUAUCAACAAAUACAGAAUUAAAUUAUAUAGAAAAAGAUAGGAAAAAUAAUAUAUGGACAUGUAAUAUAAAUAAAAAUAAUACGAAAACAAAUAUAUAUAGUAAAAAUGUCAUAUUAACUGUUAAUUCAAAAAUGUGUGCAAAUAUAUUAAGAAAAAUUUUGCCUACCCAAAUAAAAAAUAAUCUAGAACAAUUUUCCUAUUCAUCUUUAAUGACAGCAAAUAUAUAUUUUAAUAAAGAAGAUAUAACAAUACCUAAAAAUUUAUUUGGCUUAUUAUCAGCUGAACAGAAUGCAUAUAUACUUGGCUGUUUUUAUGCAAAUAAUAUGUUUACAAAUAGGUGUGAAAAUAAUAAAAUUUUAUUAACCUUAUAUAUAAGAGAUAACAACAUUAACAAUGAUGAGGAAUUAAAAACAACUAUAUUAAACAAUUUAAAAAACAUUUUGCCAAUUAAUAAUAAUACUAAACCAACUAUAUUAAAUGUAACAAAAUGGAAAGAUAUUUUACCUGCCUAUUCAGAAAAUUAUGAAAAUAAAUUAAAAGAAUUUUUAAAUGAAUUAGAAAAUCCACAAUAUCAAAAUUUAUUUGUGGACGCAGGAUGGAUUACUGGUACUUCCAUAUCAGACCGAAUAUCUUCAGCAAUGGAUUUGUCUACUUAUAUUAUAAAAAAAAAUAUUAGCUAG